AUGGUCUUCGGAACUUUCUUCACGAUGCUCAACAACGCCGCCUACAAGACCCAAACCCUUGGUACCAAACCUCAAAAAGGCUCGUCUUAUCAUGCACAGCCUGAAGUACCAACCACACGGCGCUUCCUCUUCCAAGAUAGAGCCUUUCGUCCCUGCGAAAGGGUAAACAUCCUUACCAAAGAAGUCUUCUGUCCAUACUCUUCCGUUGUGGCAGCAGUGUUGGGGGAGAAGUUCCGCAACGCUUCACCUCCUUCCAAGACAACUGAAGAGAAGCAUUCGCUGUUCGCAAGGACAGUCAAUGAUGUGUGUGGUUUCAUAAAGUCAGCCAGGCCCUGCCGGAUAUUGGAGGGCACAUCAUUACAUCUCAUCCCAAUGCAACCGAGAUUGGUGUCUCCAUCAGAAGCUUUGGACCAUGUGAUGUCACAGUGCUUUGCCUCCGGAUCAGCCCAUCUGGAUCUUGCAAUGGCCCCAGAAGAAGUGGGAAAUACCCCAAGUCCCACAAAGCCUGCCUGCAAGGUGCAACGGCUUGAAGAAGAGUUGCGCCGCCUUGAGUCUCUGGCUCAAGGUUUUAGAUUGCAGCUGCUCGAGAGGGAAGAAGAGGCUGACAACCUCAAAGCGGAACUUCGUCAUCUGAACAAUGAGCGCGACAUGUUCGAAGCAGAUGCGGAUGAUUCUGCCAAGAGGUUGAGCAAAGCCAUGCAGGACUUGGCCCAAAAAGACCACUUCAUUGCUCAGGAGCGGACAAAGGCCUCUUCUUAUGCAAGGAAACUGCAGCAAUUGCAACAAGAAUUGGCCAACAGUCAGUUGGUUGGAAAUACCAGCCAGGUCGACAGCCUGCUCCGGCAACAAUUGAUCGCGGUGACAAGCCAGCUUCAAAAUCUGCAGCAUUCGGCCCAGGAGCUGAAGCAGCAGGUCUCCCAGGCAACCCAGCAAAAGAAUGAUGCAAAUGCCCGUGUUGUCCAAGUGGAAGAGUACAACAGAACUUUGCUCCAGGACUUUGCAAAUAAGCAUGCUCAGGAUCCUCGGGAGAUCGAAGAUCCCACCAUCUGCAAGCCGAACGAACUGAGAGACCUUCGUCAGGCUUUUGAGAUAUCGCAGCGAACAUGUGCCGAACUCGCUGCAGACAAAAAACAGAUGUUCGAAGCUGCCGAGGAACAGAAGGCACGAGAGUCCCAACUUCGACGGGACAACAACAUGCUCCAGAGCAAAUGUGGGAGACUUUCUGCGAACUUCGAGAUCUGGCAAGGGAAGGUUGAAAACUUCACGAGGAUGCUCCCUGAUCUUGUUAGAGUUAGGGCAGGCUUGUCAACUGAAGAUAUUCCAGGCCUGGAUGAUGAGCUCGUCGAGUUUGCGUCUCACAUGGAUGAGACAAAGGAAACCUUGAAGGCCGCGGCGCUCGAUAUAUCAGACCGCGAGUCGAAAAUGGAGAUCCUGAAGGACAAGCAGCAGAAGGAAGUCGCUCGCCUUGAAGAGCGCAUGGCCAAGUUGCAAGAGAGCGAAAUUCGCCUUGAUGCAACAAAUUACACCCUCCAGUCGCAGCUGAAGGGUGCGGAAAAUCAGUUAGAAGCAGCGAAGGCAGAGCUCGCCGAGACCCAGCGCCAUGCUGCUGAAUGGAGAGCCCAAUGCGAGACGCAAGCCUUUGGGCCCAUGUCGGAAGUUGUUCGUCGGCAGAUCCGAUCAGAGGUUGACCGGCUCCAUGACCAAAUUGAAGCUCUUCAAAAGCACAAUCUGGAGCUCAGCGUCGGCCGGGAGCAAGCCGAGUCGAACUUAGGUCAUUGCAGGUGGUGGGCUGCAAACAAAAUGGCCGGUAUCCGAGAGCUUGGAUACCUUCGUGAUUGGUAUCAGGCACAGGUUGAGGCUCUGCGUGAGCGAUUUCAGGCGGAAUUGUUGGCCGAGCCUCUGGACAUCCCGUACAAGCCAGACUUUUGGGAUCUACCAGAGGAAGACAAGACGCAAAUGCUCCAGCUGGAGAACCAGGUCAUUGAAGGUCUGACCGGGUACGACUUGGAGCUGGCCAAGGAUCCUCGGCCUAGGAAUCUGCAGGUGGUAGAUGUGUGGUCGGGUCUGGUUAAAGAGUACCAGGCAGAAAUGGCGGCGGCGGCGGUGCAGGGCCAAGCUCGGGCAGCAACAGCUAGCCCACUCGUGCUGCCACCGGCAGCUUCUGGCAAGGGAAAGGAGCGAGAAGGGUCACCUGGGAUGGGCACAUCGGUGACCGCGAGGCCUCAAUUCAGCCGAGGAGAGUCCAUCUUCUUCUGA